AUCAAAAUUCAAUAUAAUUAAUGCAUUAUUUCAGAAAAUCCACCAAAAAUGUUUUAUAUCGCAAUUUGUUAGAAUUACGGAAAAAGAAUGAAGCGUAGCGGAAAUUAUAUUUUGGCAAGAAAAUCCAAGCGACAAAGAACAUCGAGCAAAAGCAUCAUAUUCACAGCUGAUAAUAUUCCUACACCCGCUGACAAAAUAUGUGCUUUGUCAGCGAGCAAAGACGAUUCCGCUGACGCGUGUACCAUCCAGCCCCCCAUAUCGUCCGCUGACAAGAAUAUAAUAUUAUCCACUGACAAGAAUAUAGUUUUAUCCGCUGACAAAAACAUAGUAAUAUCCGUUGACAACAAUAUAGCGUUAUCCGCUGACAAGAACACAGUAUUAUCCGCUGACAAGAACAAAGUAUUAUUGACUGACAAGAACAUUAUAUUGUCUGCUGACAAGAACAUAGUGUUAUCCGCUGACAAGAAGAAGAAUGUCGUGUCUCCUGACCGCAUUCUGAGGCAAAAGUUGUUAUGUACAGUAUGUGAGGUUGUACAACCAGAUACUGUUGGUUUAACGUACCAUUAUCUCAAGCACACCCUCAUAGAACUGGCGCAAGCUCUCACCUAUCUCCAGGUUCAGUUGUACUCCAGGUCCUGUGAUGAACUGGUGGAGAAAUCAACCGGUGCUAAAACUGAUAAUGUAUUAAUAAAAACUCGUAAACAUGAGGAGGAACAGCGACUAGAGAUAUCAAAAAAACUUCCCCCAUCGAGGGAACCUCACCAGUGUACAGUAUGCAACAAACUACUGGCAUCCCGGAGUAACUUGAAGAAACACAUGAUUAUUCAUGGCUCGAGCAAACCGUUUUCUUGCACUGAGUGUGAAGCAGUCUUUAAUCAAGCCAGAGACUUGAAUGCUCAUAAGAUGCAGAAACACAGUCUAGAGCGUCCCUAUUGUUGCCGAGUGUGUGGUAAAGGAUUUGUUCAUAAAUUCUAUCUUGAAGAGCAUUUAACCUAUCAUACAGGUGAGAAGAACUUUCAGUGUACAAAGUGUGGGAAACGUUUCUCGGCUUCAUCGGCUCUGACAAAACACAUGAAGAGACAUGCUCUUGUUAAACUGUUCAAAUGUGAUCGUUGUGAAAAAUCAUUCUGUGUUAAAGAAGAUUUGAAAGCUCAUCUCCGCCUGGUGCACGAAGCUGGAGUUAAACUUCAUCAACUAGUAUCUGAAAUUAAACCCAAGAAAAUAGUUGCUCAUGAAUGUUCUUCUCUAGCCAUUAACUCACCUGCUUCAACUUCUCCUUACGAAGAUCCGUGUUCUACUGAUAAUGAAAAGCUUGAGGAAGUUAAUGAUAACCCUAAUGUAACACAUAAAUCUACCUCGGCUGAUGUUGUUGGUAAUCACUUCACAUCAAAUGAUCCUCUCUCUGUUAAAGAUUUCGAGUUAGUUAAUGAUAAAUCUACUGCAUCCGGAACUGAAUCUAUCAAAGUUCAAGAUUUGUCCAUUGCAAUUGAUGAUAAAAAUGUGAAAGUUGAUUAUCAAUCUAUCACAAAUACACAUACUGAGGAGCACAAAUAUACCACACUUGAAAAAAGCCUUUCUUCUGUAAAUAAACAGAAUACAAUUGAUUAUAACCUCUCUACAAUUGGUUAUAGGCACUCUGGUGAAACUAAACAAACUGCUUUUGAUGAUAAAUCAACAUUAGUUCAUGAACCGUCUGAACUUGAUGACAAGGCUUCCAAAAUAGAUGAUUUCGUUUCUGCACUUAAUCAAAAUUCUACAAACAAAAAUGACCUUGUCACAAUUGAUAACUUUUCUACUAAUGAUCCUGAUCUAGUCAGUAAAUCAACCACAGUUGAUAAUAAACCACAAUAAUGUUGUCAAUUCAAGCUUAUUUAGUUGAUUAAUCUAAUCCAGCUUGACAUUUAGUUUAUCUUUGAUCUGUUUCUAGAAAUUUACAAUUUCAGA